AUGAUUUUGUCUUUUAUUUUACUAAGUAGCUUAAGACGAAAAGGUACAAUCUAUAUAAAUGCUUUGUAGAAUAAGAAAAGGAACAGGAUGAAAAAAGAUAAGAUCACUAAGAUGCAAAAAACACCGAGAAAUAUAACAAAUCCUAUAUAAAUAUCCUUAAAGGCUCCAGAGGUUUCAUCGUUUAUAACAAAAACUUUUAGGGAAAUUACAAGUAUAAUGACUGAAAAGGCCAAACAUAUUAUUGCAAAAAUUACAAACCAAAUGUUACCAAAAGUGAUUUAUAGAUUUAAUUUAAAUUUUGUUUCUAUCACUGAUUCAAAUUUGUAUUUGCAAACUGAACAUUUAUGCUCAUGUGCAUUUUAUCUCACUUAUUAUUGUUAAUUCGGCUAGCUUUUAUUUUUUAUUUCUUCUUGA